AUGAUUGCCCUUCUGCCGGACGAAAUGCGCAUGCAAAGCCUCCUACAUCCUCUCGAAGCGACCGGCGGCGAGCGACUCCGUGAUUUGGGCCUGCGAACACGCGAUUUCUGGGCUUUGUUCGAGGCGUGGGAAACCGUGCACCUGGUGCCAACCGACGAUGGCCUGUACAUCCGCGACGACAUUAUCCAGUACCUGCGACGACAUCCUGAGCUGGCAGAGAGUAUGGUGAGAAACACAACAGACAUUAUUCGCUCCUAUGAGUCAUAUCGCUCGCUCAUUACGCGAUUAUCAACACUGCUCUUUCCGUGGACUGCGCCGCAUUUCCCAGACCAUAUCCAUCUUCAUACACAGAUCCAUAAUGGCGGCCGGGGGCUGGUCUUUUCGGCCGGAGACAACCAAGCACCUUUUCUACUCGCUUCGAUCCCUGCCAUCCGCCAGUUAGGAUGCGAGCUGCCAAUUGAAGUCAUGUAUCUAGGGGACCAGGACCUGAGCCAGGACAUGCGUGAGCAGUUGGAGGCGCUACCUGGUGUUACUACACGAGAUCUGAGGCAGAUGGUGGACGACAAUGGCUGGACAUUGGCUGGGUGGGCCGGGAAACCGUUUGCGAUUCUAUUUUCGAGUUUUAGGGAAGCGAUUUUUAUUGAUGCAGAUUCGCUUUUCCUGCAGAACCCGGAGAUCUUGUUUGAAGACGAGGCCUAUCAAAAGACCGGGGCCUUGUUCUUCAAAGACCGCCUGAUGAUGCCCGAGUCUAAGAAGCGAUGGCUGCAAGAGAUUCUGCCCAGACCAGUGUCCAACAAAGCCAUGGAGAGUCGCUUCUGGAGGGGUCAGAGUGGGCAUAUGCAAGAAUCAGGUGUGGUUGUGGUGGACAAAUGGCGACAUUUUAUCGCGCUGCUUCUGGUGACACGGAUGAAUGGACCUGACCGCGACGGCGACAAGUCGAAGCACAAGACGGGCGUGUAUGACAUGGUUUACGGCGACAAAGAGACCUUUUGGCUGGGAUGGGAGCUGAUCGGGGACCUGGACUAUGCGUUCCAUGAUGGCGAUGCAGGAGUGAUGGGCACUCUGGAGAAGACUCCCCCGGUAAAAGGCCAACCGGCACAAGAACUUACAAAGACCAAUACUACGGACCAGACAAUGACAACUGCGCCAGAGAUGUACACCAUCUGUGCUCCCCAACUACUUCAUCUUGAUCGCAGUGGUCGACCGUUGUGGUUCAACGGCUGGCUCCUCCCAAAUAAGUUCGAGAAAGGCAAGGAUCGAGAGCCUAGUCAAUUCGAGGCCUUCUUAAGGGAACCCCGAGAGAUUCGCGAACCGGGCGCCUGGCAAUUACGGGCGCAUAACAUUUGCUGCUUGACCUCGGAACAUAAGGGAGAAUUCAGUCCAGAUGAGAGACAGGCUCUUGACAUGAUCAUUGAGUCAGGACGGCGUGCAGGCGUGCUGGGUACCAAGGGUAUAGCACUUUAG